AUGGCAAAUACUAUUGUAUCCAACACGAGUCAACGUUACGGUGAUUUCCUUGUGGAUGGCGUGAAGGCGAUAUCGCUUACUUUUGUAUCAGAUAUAUCUGAAAUGUCACUUGUCACGAAAUAUCAGCCUGAGUUUGUAUAUCGACAUUUUGGAGAUAACGAGACGAUAUUUGGCUACAAAGACUUGAGUGUAACUUUAUAUCAUACCGACGCAUCAAUGUAUUUUUAUCCCAAAAUCAGUUAUACAGAAGAAAUAUCCUCCGUUGACAAUCAGUUUAAGCCUGACAAUAUACUGGAAAAAUUAAGCACACAACUUCCAGUUGAGCAGGUGAAUGUCUUGUGCCAGACAGGUGCUAUUUUCAAAUCUCGACUCGACGAUCAAAAAAAUUUCGAACCUUUUGGAGUGCUGUUGUCUAAACUCACUUUCGGUGGUGCGGAGUUCCAGAUGUGGAUGGUAAACAAAAGUACAGAAGCAUUCGAUGCGUAUCUAGCUCGUGUUCAGACCCUCGCUUUCUGGUAUAUAGAAGGAGUUGAACAUACAGACAAUAGUGAUCCCUGUUGGCAACAUUAUUUUCUUUAUGAGUCUAAGCAGGGAUUUGAUGGAAGAUUGCAUUUAUCACUUGCGGGAUACGCAUCUACUGUCAGAUUUUACCAUUAUCCGGACAAAAUCCGUUGUAGAAUAGCUCAAAUAUUGAUACUGCCGCAAUACAGUGGUAGAGGCGUUGGCGCUAGAUUUUUAAAAGAGAUAUACAGUGAUUUAGUUCAUGAUCCAGCUGUUAUUGACAUUACAGCGGAAGCUCCUGCGGAAUCUUUCAUCCGAACUAGAGAUUUUGUAAACUGUUGUAAUUGUUCGACGUUGAGGGAAUUUCAAGCAAGUAAUUUGAAGAACGGUUUCAGUGAAGAAAUGAAGUGUGCUGCAUUAACACGAUUCAAGAUAAAUCCUAAACAAGCACGUCGCGUAUAUGAAAUAUUGCGCUUGCUCCAUACCAAUAUUUGGGAUGUGAAGGCAAUGGAACAGUAUGAAUCCUAUGUAAAACGAAGACUUGAGAAGCCGUUUAAGCGAAGUAUACGUGACUGGAAAAAACUGUUGACUGUUUUGGACAAUUGUGAUUAUUCUGCAGUUGUAGCUAGUCAUUUGAAUGAGGAGCAAGAAGCGGCAAAGCUGGAACAACUUUAUCAGGAUGAGUUGGCAAAUUAUAAAAUCGUCAUAAACCGUCUGGUGAAUUUUAAUCAAGUAUGA